AUGACAGAUAAUACUCCGGUCGACGCUACAAUCACAAUUCGAAUAAUUAAAAAUUUUGAGUAUCGAACUGUUAAAAAUGUAGUUUUACAUAAUAUCAAAUUAGAUACCAUGACAGUCGGUGAAUUAAAGAAAAUUAUAAUAGAAAAGAUAAAUGUAACACCCGCAUUUAAACCUUUUCGUAAUGUAGAUUAUGGUAUUUUAAAUAAUUCUCAAAAUUUAAUUAUAAAUCUUGAAAAUGAUGAUUGGAUUUUGAAUGAUGGAAAUGCUUCAUUAGCUUCUUGUAAUAUAGAGAAUGAAACUGAAUUUUCUUUUUUUAAUCGUGAAGCUUAUGAAAUUUAUAAAUCACAUCCUGAUGUUAUGAAAUGGGAAUGA